GAGAGCGAUUCCUCUGUUAACUGUCUGGGUCUAGGAGAUGGUUUUGUGACUUCGCUUCAGGUCAUUAUGGACAAAGAAAACAUCCAGGUGGCCAGGGGUCAGUCAGCUGCACUUUUCUGUACUUUUACCACCAGUGCAGCCCUCACUAAUCUCAACAUUAUCUGGACGGUGACUCCUCUCUCCAAUGCCAACCAGCCAGAACAGGUUAUCAUAUAUCAAGGGGGGCAGAUAUUCACUAACGCAGCACAGUUCAAUGGACGUGUUGGAUUUAUGCAAACGAUGCCGAACACCAAUGCCUCAAUCUAUAUUAACAACACCCAGCUGUCUGACACCGGAACCUACCAGUGCAUGGUUAAUAAUCUUCCUGACCGCGCCCUAAGGAACAUAGGGGUUGUUGGAUUUACCGUUCUAGUUCCUCCCUCUGACCCGCUGUGCAAUAUUCAGGGGUCUCUGGAUAUUGGAAGUGACAUAACUCUGACCUGUAGCUCAGAGGAAGGAAUACCUAGACCCACGUACCUCUGGGAAAAGCUGGACAACUUACCUAUUCCUCCUGCAACUGUAACACAAGAUCAAUUUCAGGGGACAAUUUUGCUGAGAAAUAUAAGCACGGCAUCCUCAGGACGUUACCAGUGUGUGUCAUCCAACCUCAUGGGAACAAGUACCUGCCUUUUAGACCUUCAGGUUGUUGCACCUCAGCACCAAAGCGUGGGACUUAUUGCCGGAGCUAUUGCGGCAGGCGUGCUGGUGUUAAUCAUUUGUUUAGUUGUCGUAGCUGUGUGCUUGGUCUACUGGAGGAACAAACAUAAGGAAGAAGAGGAUGAAAUCCCUAAUGAAAUUAGAGAAGAUGAUCUUCCACCAAAGUGUUCGUCCUCUACCAAAGCAUUUCACCCUGAUGCAUCCUCAUCCGAGCAAGACACCUUUACAUCCACCAACACCUACAAUGGCCACUACUGGAAUAAGACCAAGCCUAAUUAUAAUUCUGGAUCUUACGUUCACUAUAAUGGCAACGGUGUGCGUCAGUCUUCUGCCCGUUCAGUGGCGGGUCAUAUAAGGUUAAAUUAUGCUAAUGGUGGACAACCUACCCCAGGUCCACCAAAGACAUUAGUGGUCACAACCAACACUGCCCCCUCUCCUAAGACUGGAGUUAGGAGCAACGGCACAGUUGGCAGAAAACCAAAGCCAUCCCAAACUAGGUCUUAUGCUGUGAGCCAGGCCGCACUGGAGAGAAUAGGUGCUGUGCCAGUUAUGAUACCAGCACAGAGCAGAGCUGGAUCCUUGGUAUAGGAAUUUGUAUCCUUUAUUGUUAAAUGAGAACACCAUUAGCAUGUGGGAUGGCAUCCUUGCACCUGUCAUUUCCUUUCAUUUUGGUAGUCAAUUAAAAGUGCUGAAAUCAACCAGUCUUUUGUUCUCUGGAGAGAUGACAAAACCCUGGGACAAGGAUUAAACAGGGAAAUGUGGACAGUUUGCAGAGAUUAGAACUAAUCAUUGCAGUGCCAAGCAUAGCCCGAGGGCUUCCAGUGCUGAAUUGCUUAUGUGCCUCCCUCAUCCAGCCGGUUGAUCAUAUGCUCAAAUCCAUUUAUGGCUUUUAUAUUUCUAACACCUGCCUUGUUUGGAAUUCUGCUUAUUUUAUUGAUACAUAAUGAAGGUGCUAUAGAGCCCCACCAAACACCAGCUAAAAAUACGGCAAUCAGCACUCGCAAUCUACUCUUGGUCCAGUACCACUGAU